CGAAAGUGCUGCCUGGCCGAUCGAGAUAAACGACGACGACGGCGACGAGGACGGCGAUGUGAUGCCAUCUCUUGACAACGACGACGACGCCAGUCGGUCGUAAUCUAUGUCGGGAGGACUCGCCGUCAUCCGGGAACGUCGACAGACAUUCGACGAUCGCGCCUGACCAAUUACUCGAUCGUCGAUCGUCGCAUGCCGGAAUCCACAGGUACUUCCGCAGCGCAUUGUGGAGGUCAACCGCGUUUCUCGCGCAACGAAACGAUCGAAACUGUACAGCUGUCGCUCGCGCAUCGAUCCGGAUCUCGGGAGAAGAGGGUGUUCGCAUUUCAACGGGAUUUUCGUGAAUCUCUCGGAAAAUCUCCGUCGUGCGAGAUGUGCGCGCAUUGUGUGCGAUCAAAGAUAAACGGAGAGUUAAACGAUGAUGAUGAUGAUUGAUUAGAACUGGAGUGAGACACACUGGAACUUAAGGGGGUGGGUCUUAGCCGCAAGUCGAAGGCGAAUACGUGAAACUAUAUACGAUAAUCGUCGAUCCCUCUCCUGUUGAUCGGAAAAGUACCCUUACCGAACUAGUGUGUGCGAAGUAGUGCAUGCGUUUCAUCAACACGGUUCCGCGUUUCAGCCGCCGCGGGGCAGAAUUUCCGGCCAGGAAAUUCGACGUCGAUCGACGAGGUAGCGACGCGGCAAAAUUAGCUGGAAGUGCCGGCAGAUCGGAUUAAUGUUGCCGUUCGGUGUCGUUGGUGCGAGUAUAUAGCGAAUCGGUCAUUUAGUCUGUCAGGGUUAAUUGUCAAAUCGAGAAAGGAGGCGGACAGCGAAUCAAUUGCAAAGCGAAGGUUGAAAAGAAAACUUAAAUCGCAGUGGAAGGUGAGUUGAAAGACGAUCAAAAGACGGGCGAAGAAGAAAAACUCAAGAGGAAGGUUAAGAAACGAUCGCGCUCAAGAAGAAGCACAAGUGCCCGCUCUUCCACCAAGAAUUUAAUAAGCUCUAGCACCGACGAUAAAAUGCUGCCUUAUGGAUUGGAUACGACGUUGCUUGGGUUUCCGAUACUGUCGCGAAAUAUUCCAACCGAUCUGCCGGUAGUGAAUGGCGCGGCUUAAGGCGGCUUCCUCGCGCGUAUACCAGCAUUUCGCGGCGACGUGGAUAAUCGAAACGAUUGUAGAUUGAAGAGACUCGAAGACUUUCCCCCCCGUGUGUGGUCGCACCCACACUCUUCCCUUCUGUAAUUCCCGGAAUUCUUUCGCACUUCAUUCUUCUUUUUCUUUUCUUUUCUGUCUCUCUCGAUCUCUCUCUCUCUCUCUCUCUCUCUCGCUCUCUCUCUCGAAUCGGGACACUGAUAGAGAUCACGCGAUACGAAGAACGUUUUCACCAUGUAUGCGUGACAUCAUGUCGACGUCUGUGCGUGACACAUCGUUGGAUGGUGACUGCGUUCAAAGUGGCGGUACGCCCGCGUCGAGGAGCGUCGAUGGAUCAGGACUACGACCUGCCGAGUGCACGGCAACGCAAGAUCCCGUAGAGCAGCGCGUUCUCGCGACGUCGGGCGUCGAUGGAUCGAUCACAAGCAAGAUCCGCCGCGAUCUGGGAACGUCCUGUCGCGGAUAAUUGUCGAUCGCCGAGCGAUGUCGUUGGCUGCCGGAAUGGACGAUAUCCUGGAGGAAGGAUUCAAGUGAUACGAGUCUAAGCCGGGAGAUCCUGGAAACUGUGUGACCGGCCAAAGGCCCGGCUGAAAACAGUACUUCUCUUCUUACUCGCGAAGAGGAUCAAGAAGUCUUAUCGUACUCGCUACCCAGUCAGAGAGAAAAAGAAUUUUUCGAAGAAGACACGGGAAAACGGAAGGAGAAAAGCGGAAGGAGAGAGAAAAAACGGGAACACAAGACGGGAGGAGCAGAAAGGAACUUAAAAAGUGUAGUAGUCAGAAAGAUAAGUUAACCUGGCAAUGUCGGACGCGGACGAAAAGAUGAAAUCCCGAAAGAGACGUUCGAAGAUCUCGUGAUCGGUGUCAGUGGCCGAGGAGAUAAGGUCGAUCACGCGUCAGAUCGACCGUGAUGGAGGCGCGAACGAACGGCUCGUUCGUCAAGUCGAUCCUCCGAAACCUCUCCUUGACUCGUGAGCGUCAGCACACGGACGAGCCACCCGGGGGAGCGGUAACCGGCGCCAUCGAUGUCGUCUCCACGACAUCCGUGCAGGAAGAGAAGAUGGUGGACUUUUUGGGCGACGCUUUCGCGAGAAACGACAGCGACGUUGUCGAUUACGGCGAGUCGGGCUGGUUCAACGAUUCGACGACCGCCGCGAUCUCGACCUUGUCGGUCUCAUCGUCUUCCUUAGCAGAAUUCUCGUCGUCCUAUUCCACUCCGAGUGUGGACAAUUACACCGGCAGCGAUCUCUUUGUCUUUAAUGACCUGACCGACUAUAUCAAUCGGCUCAACUAUAGCGUCUUUGUGAACCUAACGGCCUACUAUGACGGCGGGUUGAACCUUAGUAGCGUCAAUUGCACGUCGAUAAUUGCCGAGGGUGCUGGUGGUACCGUCAGAUCGGCCGAAUGUGCCACCGUCGACGACAAGUCGAACGUGAACAGCUGGUGGGCCCUGAUACUCGUGAUUGUGCCGUGUUUGACGCUCUUUGGUAACGUGCUCGUCAUCUUGGCGGUUAUAAAGGAGCGGACGCUGCAGACUGUCACCAACUACUUUAUCGUCAGCUUAGCGGUCGCCGAUUUGCUCGUCGCGGUGCUCGUUAUGCCGUUCGCAGUCUACGUACUGGUGAAUGGAUCCUGGAGUUUGCCGGGGUUCGUUUGUGAUUUUUACAUCGCAAUGGAUGUGACUUGCAGCACCAGCUCCAUAUUCAAUCUCGUGGCUAUUUCAAUAGACAGAUACAUAGCGGUGACCCAGCCGAUAAAGUACGCGAAGCACAAGAACAAUAGAAGAGUAUGGUUGACGAUACUAUUGGUCUGGGUGAUAUCGGCCGCGAUCGGCAGCCCGAUUGUCCUAGGCCUGAAUAACACCCCCGGCCGGAUACCGGACCAAUGUCUCUUCUACAAUACGGACUUUAUCAUCUACUCGAGCCUGUCCAGCUUCUAUAUACCCUGCAUCAUCAUGAUAUUUCUCUAUUAUAACAUAUUCAAGGCUCUGCGAAAUAGAGCGAAAAAGGCUCGCGCUAACAGAAAACCAAACUUAGGCGAUAUAAAACCGGGAAGCAUAAUCGAGAAUAUCGCACACACGCGCAGUGGGUAUUCUGUGGCAAGGUUCGCGGAAACGGCGCUGGGAGCGGCCGCCCUGGUGGCACCUGGGAUCGAGGAACCAACGAACACCGCUUCCGGCAGCAACGAAGACGAGGACGAGACGCCCCUCGAUCCCGUCGUCGUCAUAUCCAACGACAAGAGCACGGAAUUCUUUUUAGCCACAGUCGUCGAAGAAGCAGCUUGUCGUUUCAGUGCGGUGGCACAGGCUCAGCUGUCAAGCGCACCUCACGUUCAGCGGGAAUCUUCGGGCGGCUUAGACGGCGCGGCAAGCAGCACGGUAAUUCACGAGCCACUCGAGACGAAUUCUAGCCCGAGUCCGAACCCACGAAUCACGUCCGGUCCGCCGUCCUCGUCGACUUCGUCGUCGCCGCCGCCGCCGCCACGUGGUACGACCAGUGUUUCCUCGUCGACGCAAACGGCAAAGAAAAACGGCAACAACGACGGUGUUGUUGCUGGUGUGAGCAAGCAGGAGCUGAAGAGAAUGAAAAGCGCCGGCUCGCUUCUGCCGCUGCAGCUCGCCAGGACGCCCAGCGUGCUGUCGUCCUCCGGCAAGAAGGAUCGGAAGAACGCGUCGUCCGGGUCAAGGUUCACGAUAUACAAGGCUAACAAGGCUAGCAAGAAGAAGAGAGAGAAGAGCUCGGCGAAGAAAGAGCGCAAGGCCACCAAGACUCUAGCGAUCGUGUUGGGUGUAUUUCUGAUAUGCUGGGUGCCGUUCUUUACUUGCAACAUCAUGGACGCGAUGUGCACGAAGCUGAAGGAGCCCUGUCAGCCGGGCGUUACGGCUUUCAUCGUCACGUCCUGGCUGGGCUACAUGAACAGCUUCGUGAAUCCCGUAAUAUACACUGUGUUCAACCCCGAAUUCCGUAAGGCCUUCCGCAAGCUGAUCAGCGUGUAAGUGAGAUUGCAAUUCGUGAUCCCUUGAAGAAGAGACACGAGGAAACAAACGUGACUUCGGUGUGAAUCGUCGUAUUUGUGAUGUAACAACGAGAAACUGUGAGCUCUCGACGGGCUCGCAACAGGUACUGUUGUUCUUUGUAUUUGGAACCGCAGCAGCUGCGUUUGCGUAUCGAUUUUCGUGUCCCGUUGCGCGUCAAUCGUUUCCGAGUGAAAGACGCGAGAAACUGAGUUCACAUUUUUCCUAGAAAAACUCAGACUCAUACUAAAAAAAAAGAUAAAUCUUUUGCGAUAACAGACAGCGGUGUGUAUGGAGGGGGGGAGGGAGGUAUGGGUGUGUGUGUGUGUGUGUGUGAAGAUAAUAUCGUAUUUCGAUAAGCAUCGGAAAGGAAAAGUAAUAUUAAAAACAAAAAAAUUGUUUAUCGCAUUUCGCUUGGUCAAAAUUGACGUGCAGUCAGACAGCGGAAAUUGCUUGAAUUGUUGCUACCGAAUGCAACAACGAUUCAUCGCGUUCGUGCGCAUGAGUGCGUACGCUAUGACGUCGAACUGUCGCGGUGCGUCGCGCCAUGAAGAACACGCGGAAAAACAACGUAUGUACACCAACGAGAAAGAGAGAGAGAGAGAGAGAGAGAGAGAGAGGGGUGGAAGAGAGAUGAUUUCUCGCAUGAGUAGCUCAAGUAAUUGCUAAGUGAGGCUUCGCGAAACAAAACAUUUUCAACCACGUCGACGAAUUGAUGCGCGCGCGCGCGCGAAUAAUUAGCAGAAAAUUUAGAUAAUUGUACAAACAUUGCGCGCAGGAAUGACGUUUAUGACGUCCGAAGACGAGUCGUUAGAAAGUUAGCAAAGUUAUAUAACUAAUCGCGUAUAAAGACAAAUAUUUCUCGAAAAUAAUUUAAUAAAGUUUGCGAGGAAGCAGGUUGAAUAAAAUACGAUCUGGCGGAAGAGCAAGAGAGAUUGCGCGCAAAGUUGUUAGAGGUGUAUUUACUAUGCGAGAGGCAUAUAUUACACGUACGCUAUUACGUCUCCGUUGAUAAUUAAGUACGCCGUGACAGUAUUAACGUAGGACGUAAGAUAUAGCAAUAUUUUUUCGCUCAAAGUAAAAGCAAAAGCUGAUGACCG